CUCGCUCAGCUGCGUGGCGGAGACAGCUCAUACCAAGGGCCCGAGGUAGGCUACUGUAUUUACGUAGACUGGGCUAUUAAAACGCUGUUCACCUCCUCAUAUGAUAUCUGCAGAAUCUCCUGUCUGAGGUGCAAUGGCUAGGAAGACUGACAUUCCUCCUUCAUACUAUGGUGAGCCACGCAAGUUUGACCCGGGCUUCAGAGGACCUAUCCAUAACAGGGGCUGCACGGAUGUGGUGUGCUGUGUCGUAUUCGUCAUCUUCAUCCUCGGCUACAUCGCUCUGGGCACCGUGGCCUGGAUCCAUGGCGACCCCAGGAAGGUGGUCUACCCCACCGACAGCCACGGACAGUUCUGUGGACAGCAGGGGACCCCCAACGCCAACAAAGCCAUAUUAUUCUACUUCAACAUAUUGCAAUGUGCCAAUCCUGCCGUUCUCAUUAACCUCCAGUGCCCUACAACCCAGCUCUGCGUCUCCAAGUGCCCAGACAGAUUUGCUACAUACCUCGACAUGCAAUACAACUACAGGUACAACAAGAGCUACUGGGAGUAUUACAGGCAGUUCUGCAAGCCGGGCUUCGACAAUCCAAGAAAGUCCGUUGCACAAGUCUUGAGAGAUGAGGACUGCCCUUCCAUGAUAGUGCCAAGCAGACCUUUCCUCCAGCGGUGCUUCCCAGACUUCAUCACCAGGAACGGGACGCUAACUGUCGCCAACAAGACAGUCUUCAAAGACGGCUUAGGUAAAACAAGGAGCGUGAUCGAUCUCCGAGACGCUGCCAAGGAUUCUAACUUGGAACCCAGAGUCAACUGGACAGCUAUUGCAGGUGGCAUUACCAGUCUGCUAGACGCCAAGGAGGUUGGCAUGAAGAUCUUUGAGGACUAUGCCAACUCCUGGUACUGGAUCUUAAUAGGUCUGGUGAUAACCAUGGUGGUCAGUCUGGCCUUUAUCCUGCUGCUGCGGUUCACAGCCGGAGUGCUCCUGUGGCUCAUCAUCUUCGGAGUCAUCGCUGUGGUGGGCUACGGGAUCUGGCACUGCUACUGGGAGUUCAGUACACUGAGAGGGAAGCCACACGGGGAUGGUGAUGUCACCAUCUCUGACAUCGGCUUUCAGACGGACUUCCGAGUUUACCUGCAGCUCAGUCAGACCUGGCUCAUCUUCAUGAUCUGCCUGUCGGUCAUUGAGGCGGUCAUCAUAAUAAUCCUGAUAUUCCUGAGGAGGAGAGUACGCAUCGCCAUCGCUCUGCUGAAGGAGGGGAGCAGGGCCAUUGGCUACAUCAUGUCCACUCUCUUCUACCCGAUCAUCACUUUUGUGCUGCUGGCCAUCUGCAUAGCGUACUGGGCGGUCACUGCUGUCUUCUUGGCGUCUUCAGGCGACGCUGUCUACAAGGUCAUGUCGACGCCGGACAAAUGCGUGUAUGCCAACCUCACCUGUGAUCCAGAGACCUUCAGUCAGACCAACGUGACCAAGGUGUGCCCUGGCUCCCAGUGCACCUUUGCCUUCUACGGCGGCGAGAGCCUCUACCACCGCUACAUAUUUGUGCUGCAGCUGUGUAACCUGCUGGUGUUCCUGUGGCUGGUCAACUUCACCAUCGCCCUGGGACAGUGCACACUGGCCGGGGCCUUCGCCUCCUACUACUGGGCCCUGAGGAAGCCCCAGGAUAUACCAUCCUGUCCACUGUUCUCCUCCUUCAGUAGGGCUGUAAGGUACCACACAGGCUCUCUGGCGUUUGGCUCUCUGAUUCUGGCUGUAGUGCAGAUGUUCCGCAUUGUUCUGGAGUAUCUGGAUCACAAACUCAAAGGUGCGCACAAUGCUUUUGCCCGCUUCCUGAUUUGCUGUCUCAAAUGCUGCUUCUGGUGCCUGGAGCAUUUCAUCAAGUUCAUGAACAGGAACGCCUACAUCAUGAUCGCGAUAUAUGGGAAGAACUUCUGCACCUCGGCUAAGGAUGCUUUCUUCCUCCUGAUGAGGAACGUAGUGAGGGUGGCAGUGCUGGACAAGGUGACAGACUUUCUGCUCUUCUUGGGAAAAGUGCUUAUUUCAGGGAGUGUUGGUGUUCUAGCAUUCUUCUUCUUCACCCGUAAGAUACCAGUUAUUCAAGAAGAAGUACCAUCACUAAAUUACUACUGGGUCCCCCUGCUGACGGUGAUAUUUGGAUCCUACCUGAUUGCCCAUGGCUUCUUCAAUGUCUAUGCUAUGUGUGUGGACACCUUAUUCCUUUGUUUCUUGGUGGAUCUGGAGGUGAACAGCGGCUCUGCUGCCAGACCCUUCUACAUGAGCAGCACCCUGAGACAAAUUCUCGACAAGAAGAACAGCAAGAGGAGGAAAGACAAGCGAGAGCGGGGAAGAUGAGAAGAGAGGAACGGAUACAGGGUGACUGGAGGAGACCGAGGCAGGAGAGGUGAUGACGAUUUUGGGGGGAAGGCACCGGUGCAUGAUGUAGAGAUGGAAGACAAGACUAUUCUAAUCCUGGUCCAUAUUGUACCUGAUACCAUUAUUAUUAUGCUCUUUGGACAUAAUAUGUGAAUUGUCUUAUCUUGCCUUACAGUACUUGGAUGUACUAACAAACUUAUCACCAUGAAUGCACAAUGACAACAGUGCAGUUAGCUUAACUGUGGCCAAGUCGUGCAUUUAAAGGCAACUGCAAGUUCUUGGUUUUACCAAUGUACUGUGAAGCACUUACUUGAGGGAACAGCGACGUGUACAUUUGUAUAAUAAUAUUUUGCACCACAUGCUACCUGUCAGCAGGCCCGUGUCACUCUGUAUGCAGGAACUCAAACCAGCCACAAGAUGGCACUCUUUAAGGUGGUCAUCUUAAAGGUCCAGUACAGCGGUUUUUAAUCGCGAUAUCAAAUCAUGUCUGGGUAACAAUUUAGGUACGUUACUGUGGUUUCAAUUAAAGUGGUCAAAGAGAAACAAAAAUAGCUUCUUAGCGAAAGAGCAACUUCUCAAGCAAGAAUUAUGCUAGGACUGUCUGGGACUGAUCUGAGUUGGGAGGUUGGAAACCAGCUUUUAUUGGCAGAGAGGUUAGGAACUCUCGUUCUUAUUGGUCUAUUAGCUCAUUUGUCACCUGGUGGUGUCACCAGGCAGGCCAAAACUCCAUCCCACCAAAACAGGAAAUAUAAAUGUUGAUUGCACUGGGCCUUUUAAGAAACCUCCCAAGAGGUUACACCAAGACAGCUGAGUGAAGCGCUGCUUGGGUUAAUACUGUACAUGAAAUGUCCGUAGUUACCAUGUAUAAUUAUGCUCUUCAAGCUCCUUGGAGCACCAACUUUUAUUUUCUCCUAUUGAGAAAGCUAUUUGCCAUACAUUGUCCAUUGUGCUAAUGUCUCGUUGUAGCAACCUUCUAACUUGUCCAAUUGUAAGAAUGUAAUAGCCCUACAAUUAGGUGCUUCAGUAAGUGCCAAAGAGCAACGGAAAUCAGCAGGAAUGCAGCGUCGAGGACCCUUACCUGUAUGUAUUGGAUUCUAGCCACCGUUGACCAUAAAUCAGUGUUACAAAUGAUGUUUCCCUCUUGUAUGCCAUUCAAAGUUUUUGGUCUAAGGUCUUCGUCCCAUUCCUUCUUUGUGCAGCAGCACUGUGGGGACAGAUCAUGUGCCAUUACUAUGUCUGUCCCAUAGUGGCAUCACUGCCAGUAUCAGAGAUGGAGCAUCCUUUCCUACUGGUAUACAGUACAGUAGCACAUGCCCAUACAUGCACACGCCAAUACCAUUUUUGUUAUUGAAAUUCGACCUGUGUAAGGGCACAACUUUAUGAUCGUGUAAAUAUGGAAGUAAUGCACAUCCGAGAAUAAUUUGAAUGGAUUACUACAGGCGCCUGUGUUUUCUUCUCUCCCUGUUAUUGCCAUGAAAGAACAGUCCCGCUUUAAUGCAACGAUGCCAAUAAACUAUCUAUGCCUAUGCUAUAGUAUGUACAGUGCCUUCAGACAAUAUUCACAACCCUUGACUUCUUCCACAUUUUGUUGUGUUACAAAGUGGGAUUCAAAUGGAUUGAAUUGUCAUUUUUGUCAACGAUCUACACUAAAUAAUCAGUAAGUGAAAGAAAAUUGAGAGAAUGCCAAGAGUGUGCAAAGCUGUCAUCAAGGCAACGGGUGGCUACUUUGAUAUCAAAUAUAUCUUGUUUUGUUUCACACUUUUUUUAUUUGUGGUUAGUACAUGAUUCCAUAUGUGUUAUUUCAUAGUUUUGACAUCUUCACUAUUAUUCUACAAUGUAGAAAAUAGUCAAAUAAAAGAAACUCUUGCAUGAGUAGGUGUGUCCAAACAUUUGACUGGUCCUGUAAGUGAAUUAUUGCAGACAGGAUGCAUGUUUUGUAAUAUUUUUUAAAUUCUGUACAGGCUUCCUUCUUUUCACUGUCAUUUAGGUUAGUAUUGUGGAGUAACUACGAUUUUCUCCUAUCACAGCCAUUAAACUAACUGUUUUAAAGUCACCAUUGGCCUCAUGGUGAAAUUCCUAGCGGUUUCCUUCCUCUCCGGCCACUGAGUUUGGAAGGUAGUCUGUAUCUUUGUAGUGACUGGGUUUAUUGAUACACACCACCCAAAGUGUAAUGAUUAAUUGCACCAUGCUAAAAGAGAUAUUCAAUGUCUGUUUUUUUUGUUUGUUUUUUACAUAUCUACCAAUAGGUGCCCUUCUAUGCCUGGCAUUGGAAAACCUCCCUGGUCUUUGUGAUUAAAUCUGUGUUUUAAAAUUCACUGCUCGACUGAGGGAUCUUCAAGAUAAUUGAAGGUUAAAUUUUUAUUAAUUUGUAAACAUUUGUAAAACCACAAGUCCACUUUGACAUUAUGGGGUAUUGUGUGUAAGCCAAUCAAUUUGACAUUCCGGCUUUAACACAACAAAAUGUGGAAAAGGCUGUAUCUUCUCUCCAAUGGUAGAUUCCUAACUUUGUUCAGUGAUGUUUUUUUUAUUAUGUAAAGAAUUUUGCAUAUCUAUGCUUUAUGAAUGUUUGGACUGUAUAUAAGCAUAUUAUUUAAUAACAAGAAUAUUUGUUUGGGGUUUGCUUCUUUUUUUUCUUGUUUUUUAUAAAUUGAUGCUAAUCAACCAUUGGUGCCUUAUUGAGUAUAUGGAGGGGCCUUCCAUAUGCCAUGUAUCAAUCUCAAUAUGUCCAUUACAUUUAUGACGUUGAGUCCAUUUUCCCCGUUUAGCUCGGCUUCAUUGUGGUUGUUGUUGUGAGUCGAAACUGGUCACUAUUCUAUAAAGUCAUUUUGUCAAUAGACAUUUAUUUUCUUAAUCACAUACAAUAAAUACAUGAAACAACAAUAA